GUUGCUUAUAGCGGAAAGCUGAAUGCGGAUCCGUUUUUCCCGAGUGUGUGGGUUGUCUGUCAUACUUGUGUUUUGACUGAAUGGAUAGUUCAAUUGCUCAUUUGGAGGUUGUUUUGAAAUUAAAAUAACUAAAACAAAUUGGAUAAUUACACGAACUUACGCUGAGGAUCGAAGUGAGAGCCAGAAAAUGGAUAGCAAAAUUGGACCAGCAAGUGACGAAAAUUUCGCGGUUGUUGUAAAUAUGGCUAAAUCCUUGCGAAGAGAACAAUUGUUUAUAUCAAAUGAGCAGAACUGCUUUGUGAAUUUGCACAAAGCUUAUGAAGAGCAGUUCAGUCGUACGCUACAGGUUGCAUGGAUUUGCGCUCGCCAACGUCAAGUAUUAAACAAUCUCAUAUUGGCAAAACCAGAAUCAGGACUAUCCGUGUCGUGUCUGCAAGUCGAUUUACUAGAAAAUUGUUAUUUCGUCGACAUCCAUCAUUGCAAAUCCGUUAAAUAUCCGGAAAUCAUUGCUAUCAUAGAGCUGUUGAAUUUUCUGCAUGACAAACCUGCAAUUAUUGCACACACGCUAUUUUUUGCUGACAAAUCUGGAGCCAAUCAAGUGCAAAUUGACACAACAAUUAAUUUCGUCGUAAAUGGUUUAUACAGGAGUGCGAUUUUCCCGAAGGAUGCUGAAAUGAUCAUCAAAAUUCUCCAAACUCUGAUUGAAAUUCAAAUUGUGAAAAGCGAUAACCCACGGAGAUUAUUACGGAGCGGUUCGUCGUCGUUUACUCGACUAUUUCAAAAAUAUCAUGAAUCGUCAUUUGCAUCGAAAAUAUUCUUGAAAACAAUUCUGUUCGAACCAAUAAUGUCUGUACUGAUGGACGAUGAUAUGAAGUUUGAAAUCGAUGUUCAAAAAGUAAUAUCAGUCCAAAGCCCAGCAGAAAAUUCCAAAAUGUUUGGCGAAGAGGCAUCUGAAGGAUAUUUAAGAAAUGUUGAACAGUACAGACAAACCACAAUAGAACGAUUAUACAAACAUGCAUCUAAUUUUAUCAAGUCGUUUAGUGAUAACUGGUGCUUAUUUCCGUCAACGUUACGUUAUUUAUACAAAUCGAUGAAUCAUUUCUUCAAACCGGCCAAUUUAUCAAAGGAAAAUAUUCACAUAAUCAUGACAGAUUUGAUAUUCACCAAUUUCAUCUGCCCAGCAAUAUUGAGCCCGAACAUUCAUGGUAUUAUAGAUGCACCAUUGUCGGAUAAUGCUCGUUUCAAUUUAAUACAGAUUGGGCAGAUGAUUCAAAUGUUGGCAUUAACUGAGAUCCAACCAGUCGAAGAAAAACUUACUGAUUUAUACGCCAAAUUUGAGAAUAAUUGUUUAUCAGUGCUUAUCGAUCAGCUGGAUUAUGCAACAUUCAACAGCAAUUUCGAAAGCAAUAAUGAAACACAGAGCCAUAAUUUGCCGAUCAGUACUAUUAUAGCAACAUAUAAUGAACUUUCAACAUUAAUCAGGUUACUUAAAGCUUUAAAUGAUCAGGAAAAUAUGUUUCAUAUAGAAGAAACUCUUAAACUGAAAAACAUUCUUGAUCGAAUGCCGCAUUCCUCAGUGACAAGCCAAGAAACGAAAACGUCGGUUGAUGACUUAUUUUUUUCAAAUAAUACAAGCAAAACAAAAUCAAAAAGUGAAAAACGUAUUUCAAAAUCAAGAAGCUUGUCAGGAUCACCCUCAAUUGCAUUAAAUGAAAAUGGCAAGGAAGAAAGCAAUAAUCAUGGACUAAAAAUCGACGAAGUAGUUUUAAUGAUUCCGUUAACUUGGAACGAUGGAAAGUUGUUGAGCGAGGCAGAACUCCUUAACAACAUUCCAGUUAAUAGUUCAAUCGCCCCAUUCAAUGAUUCUGUGAAUGUCGAGGAAGAGCACAUAGUAUUGAAUGUUGAGAAGAAAACCAACAGCGAUAAGCAAAAAACGUUUUCGUUACCUCAUGAUGAUGCAUCUAUUGGGAAUACAUCGGAUAACCUCGAAGCAGUCAGUGAAGCACAUAGCAAUCAUUCGGUGGCUAGUUCUCUUGAGCUAGAAGAGGCAGAUCAAAAUGAUAAUGAUAAUCUCUCUGAUAUGAUAUCUGCAAAUGUAUCAGGGAGGGGAACUCCUAACAUAUCUGGUCGUGAUACUCCAUCUUCCCAGAUCACGGAAGGCGGCGGAGAAGUACAAAAUUUCACCACGCCACAAAUGACUAAAAUUUUUAACAAAACGCGAUCAGAUAUUGAAGACAAGUUUUGUAAGUUUGAAAUCAAAAAACUGAUUGAGGGUGAUGAAACUAUAUCGAUAAUUUCGGACACUUGGAGUACAGAUGUUUUAGCGUCUGAUUCAGAAGCAAUGGAAGCUAAUGAGAGAAAUUUCGCAACUCCUCUGAUUCCCACUACUCCUCUGUUACCAGGUAAUCCGUGUUACAUGCCAAUAACAAAUUCGUUUGGGCAGUUACGCCUGAAUAACGUAGACUCCGAGACUCAAUCAGAAUCUGCUUGGAGCAUCGAUGCAGCGCUAGAUACAGACGAGAAUAGCGCAACUACUCGUUCGGAUAUUACCGAUUCAGUGACCGUAUUAAGCAAAGAUUCUCAUAACUCCUCAUAUGAUUACACAAAACCGCUAUGCAUCCCCGAAUGCAAUGCAAAUUCCAAUGGAUUCUACCGAAUUUCUACCAACGAGAACGAUAUAAUGCACGGCAUUCAAUCAGUUCGUCAGAAUUCAAUAGAAAGUAGCAAUUCCAGUAGCAUUUCUAAUUCUGAACGUAUGCCAAGAUAUGGAAAAAGCGAUGCAAAUGAGAAUAAUAUCAAUUUGAUUUCCUUUGAAUCAUCGGAAUAUAUGAGUGCUGGUAUAAGCAAGGACAAAAAUUGUAACGAAUCAAGUAGUAGCUCGGCUAUGUUAGACUCCUCAAAUCCAUUCAAUGAAAUCCAUGGUAUGUUUUCAUCGAACGAUAAUAACAAUCUAAAUAGUUCAUUAGCAAUACAAGGUUUAUCGGAUUACAAUGAAGAUGAAUUUGCCGUCGAGCACCGCCGGCUAUCCUCAGAACAACGCAAUGCAAAAUUCGACUCGCGCAGGAAUGGGAUGAUAGACAUUUUAGGUAACUUUUCGAACUCAUUGUCAUUUUCCCAGCUUAGGGAUAAGAGCAUCUCAUACUCGCUUCCAAAUGCAUCCAAAAUAAAUCCAUUUGAAAUACGAAACCGUCGCCCCGAAACAUCCAGCAUGACACGAGAACCAAAAACUAACUCCUCAAAAAAUGCUGCUAAAUCGAACAAUCAUCUAUCACCCCUUGAUGUAGAACAGAAAUCAACAUUCUUUGCAGAGGAUAAACAUCGAAAGCAAACCACUGAAUCAAAAUCAACUAAUUCGAAUUCGUCUGCUUCUAAAACAUCUGGAAAAAUUACAGGCACAAUCCCAAAAAGUAUUAGUUUCGAUUCUUCAGCGGACAAAAUGAACCGAAACGAAUCAAACGCCAACAAACUGUCGGAUGUUUCGAGAUAUAGUGAGAGCUCGAAAACCAACGCUAGUUUCUUUUCCAAAAUAAAGCUUGGUUUUAAAAAUCGACGCAGUACAAAUGUAAGCAAGCAACAAUUCAACUAUAGCAUAAACGGUCAAAAUGAUAGCUUUUCCGCGCUGUCUAAAAAUAUGAUGGAUAAUUCCUUUGAUACCACCGAAGACAUCUUGGCUAAAUAUCGUCGGAAAUCUUCUACCUCAUCUGAAACUGUCCCGUCAUAUCCAGUGAACAAUAACCAUUCUAAUGAAAGGAUAGUAAAAGGAGAGGUAUUACACAAAAAUUUCAAGGAAGAUUCUUUGAAUGAAUACUCUAUCGAUUUUGUUGGAAUCAAAAGAAAAUUGCGAGCCGUAUUGUCUACAACAGAAAUAUUCUCACGCGACUUCGAACAAUUUCGAACUGGCUCAACAUCACCACUGGUAAUCUAUUUACGAGUACUACAAGCACAAUCCCUCAAUAACCAGAACUUACAACAAUUAUCUGGUAUUUCCGAGCUCUUGCGUUGUUUACAAUCGACGGAUACAGAAUUCCAAGAAUUAUUGAUAAAAGAGUUACAAAACGAUAUACUAAUCCGCAAAGCAUACGUUGAAUAUCUCAUUAAUUGUCACCAUGCACUGCUGUCAGCCAUUGAUAACAUCGAAUCGCUCGAAGAACAUUUCCAAAUGGACAGUCAACUUUCAAAACGACAAAUUAUCAUGCUGUGUGUGAAAAUAUUUUUGGAAAAAAGGGAACAAAGCUUGCAAAAGCUUCACAGCGAGUUUGUGCAGCUAACGGUAUCAGAUGAAAGGAAAGACUUACUGAACGUGUUUUUACAAACAUUGGUGAGCGAACUGCGAUCAGACACCGUUUUGAAAUGCAUGACCGAAUGGCAAAUAACAGAAGCAAAGAAUUGUUUGGAAAGCUUGCUACUCCAAAGACUUUAUCAGCUUGUGAUGUUCCCAAAUGAUGAUGGAGAUAUUUCGCGGGAUCAGGUUUUGUUUCAGCAUAUUAACAGGUUAUCGAAGACAAUUACUCCUAAUCAUGCUCAGUUAAGCAUUUCAGAUGCUUAUCUCAACGAAGCUCCUUGGCCUUUUGCGCAAAGGCAAUUAUCGUUUAUUUCUGCCUACAAAACAGCGGAAGACAAAGUUAAUUGUGUCAUUAAGUGCAUCAAAUGCAUAAUAAGUCUAUUGUCGAUAGGAUCUGAAAAAGUGGUUGCCGCUGAUGAUAUAAUACCGGUUCUUAUAUAUGUUAUUGUUAAGGUCAAUCCUCCACAUUUAUUGUCCACGAUAGAAUAUGUUAACUGUUUCAUUGGAGAAACUUUGUUAGGAGAGAAUCAAUAUUGGUGGACACAGUUUUGUUCCGCGAUUACUUUGAUAAAAACGAUGGAAUACAGUGAAUGAAUUGUAAAAAUGUUCUAAAUAAAACAUUUGUAAAUAUAUAACACACAUA